UUUGAACGCCGAAACGACCGUAACUCGAAGUUGACCUUCGUCCAGCCCACGUCGGGUGUCGCGUGGGAUCCGUAAACUAACCGACCGACGUCGUUGAUGAACCCUAGACGCUCGAGUGGAACCUUCACCUUUUCCGGGCGGUUUUUAAUUAAUUUCAGGAGUACUGUGAUCUUAAACCAUGGCAAAUAUGAAUCAAGAUGACCUUGAGAAAUUCGAACAAUUUGUGGACAAUUGCCGUGUAAACCCAGAGAUUCUCCAGAUGCCUACUCUUGCCUUCUUCAGAGAUUACUUAACUAGUCUGGGUGCCAAAAUCCCCGAACCCACUGCCAAUACCAGUCAGCCACCUCCCCAAAGUUCAGCUUCGGCUCCAGAAAGUGAACCUGAGCCUCCACAAGAAGAAGAAGAGGAGGAAGAAGUGGAGAGUGAGAUUGAGUUAGAUAAUGAAGGUGUCAUUGAGGCUGAAAGUGAGGAGCCCCCUGAACUGGGAGAUUCCGACAAGGAGAUUUCUGAAGAGGAUAUGGAUGCGGCUAAUGAAAAACGUUCCGAGGCCAUGAGUGCAAUGUCUGAUGGGGAUCUACAGAAGGCUGUGGAUCUCUUCACCGAAGCUAUCAAAUUAAACCCAGGCUCGGGGAUGUUGUAUGCAAAACGAGCAAAUAUUCUUUUGAAACAGAAGAGAGUUAAAGCUGCCAUCAGAGACUGUAAUGAAGCACUCAAGCAAAACCCAGAUUCUGCUGUAGCGUACAAGUUCCGAGGUAGAGCUCACAGGUUACUGGGAAACUGGUUAGAUGCAGCCAAGGAUCUACGGUUGGCCUGUAAACUUGAUUUUGACGAACAGGCUGAUGAAUGGCUGAAAGAAGUCUUGCCUAAUGCAUCAAAGAUUGAAGAACAUAACCGAAAAUAUGAACGGCUUAGGAAAGACAAGGAAGCUCGUGAAAGGAGGGAACGUGUCCGCAAAGCACAGGAAGCACAAAAGAAGGCUCAAGAAGAACAGAGAAAGCAAGGUUUCCCGGGAGGUAUGCCUGGUGGGUUCCCAGGUGGAAUGCCAGGUUCUUGUGGAUUCCCUGGAGCAUUCCCAGGUGGUAUGCCUGGUGGUAUGCCUGGUGGAAUGCCUGGUGGAAUGCCUGGUGGUACGCCAGGUGGUAUGCCUGGUGGUAUGCCAGGUGGAAUGAAUUUCGAACAGAUCUUGAAAGAUCCGGAGAUACUGACAGCAAUGCAGGAUCCAGAAGUUGCAAAAGCUUUCCAAGAUGUAUCCACAAAUCCUGCGAAUAUCUUCAAAUACCAGAAUCAUCCAAAAGUGUCAGGCAUUAUAAAGAAAGUUCUCACCAAGUUUGGUGGCAGUGAAAGCGAUGGAUUCCCAGGAAUGCCCAUGUUCGGAGGUGGUAUGGGAGGCGGAGCUCCACCAGGUGGAAUGGAUAGUGGUGAUCCCACAAACUGUGCAGAUGAUCUGGAUUAGGUCUUUUCAGUACAGAUAUGGCAUACUGUUAAUUGUGGUAAUAAUUGAUCGUUUUUGAAAAUGUUUCUUGUUUUGUUUUUCAGUCCAUUAAAGGUUUCAAGGAAAAAGAGGGACUUUUGUUAUUAGAAUGGUUACAGACUUUUAAGUAAAUUGAACGCUAGCAGUAUUCUUAUUAAUUGAAGCCUUCCUCGUGUGAGUAUUGUAAAUAAGAGGUUUCUUUACUAUUGUGAAAGGACUCUUUCUCAGUUCAGAGCUUCCCAGAUUAGCAAAUUGCUAUUGAUUUCAAGUGAACUUGUCCAAUGGAGAUUGUAUUUGCUCACAUUUAUUCAUAGUAACAUUAGAUAUGAGGGGUACUUUGAUAAUAUGUUUGGUAAAGUUCACUGAAACCAUUGCUUACAUGUCAUUACUAUUUGGUACAAUAUCUGUCAACAGCAGUUGUAAGGAUGGUGCUGCAUUUUUUAUUUCACUAACUUUUCUUUUUUUAAAUAAGGAAGUAUAAUGUAAAGUUGUAUUAAAAACAAAUGCUACUAAAACGUUUUGAAGAUGAUUGAGUUUUGUUGGUGUCUAAAGCUGAACUUCCAGUUCUAUACCUCACAACUUCAGAGUCAUGAUUCUAUAAACAUUGUGGAAUUGCGGUCAGGCAUAGCUAAAGAUCAGUAGGUGAAGAAGUGCCAUAGUAUUUUUAAAUUUAAACAGAUUUUAUUUUCAUAGCACGUUUUAAAACAUUCCUCCAUAUAGUUCUCUUGUCUCGUGGGAUUUUUUUCAGUAGCAAUGAAGUUGUCCAUAUAUAUUUAAUACUGCACAGUAUUGUAUAUGAUAUGCAGUUUUACAUUUAGUUGCAGAAUAAAAAUGUCAUUGCUUGAAUAUUUUACAAGUUGUCAACCUGCUAGUUUUGCCAUAUGUUGAAGGCAUUCAAACGACACUUAAAUUGCAAUUUACUCUAUACUAGUUUACUCGAGUGAUUUAUUUAAAUGUUGAAGCCAGCUGUUAUUGCAUUUCUUUCUUCUAUCCUGAAUUUGUUGUCAGGAUCAGUAUAAAGGAAAAUAAUGACAUGAAUUAUUUUUAUGAGUUUUGGUGCAAUUGCAAAUAACAGAUGCUCAGAUGCUAAGUUAGAGAACAAAGCUAAGUACUUUGUUGACAUUGCAAUAAUGAACUGUGCUACAUAUUUUUGAAUCAAAUCAUAUUUAUGCUCGGAAACGGAAGCAUUGGUAAUUAUUAUUGACAUUUCCUAAUUUAACUUUAGUGUGGUACAGUAUUGUAUCAGGAAAUAGAUUAAGAAUACCUUAACUCCAAUUUGUAAUUCCUUGUAUCUCGUGUUUUGCAUGCUAAUUGCAUGUAGAAAGUCUGUUACUUUUUCUUCAGAACUACCUUGUCUUUUGCUGUAGGUUCUAUUGUUGGGUCGUACUGAAAAUAUUUAUGCAAUAUCUACUGUCAUAGAAUUCGGUCUGAAGUUAUUUGCUAGCUUUCCGUUUCCACCUUCACUUCCUUUCCACUUCCCUAGGCAUGUGAUGAGCCCCCAUAUAUUUAUUCUUUAGACACUUGUAUAGUCUGCGUUCUGGUACAUAAUUACACUAAUGUAUCAUGGAAAAGCCAUUAUUAUAUUCUAGAUUCUUGGGGUAUGGCUCAGAGAUGAGGGAGUUUGAGUUCUGCAGUUCAUUUCAUAACAUGUCCAUCCAUAAUAACUUGUUUAGGAGUUUUAUGGCUUAUCAACUAUUUAGAUUGUUACUUGUUGUUGAAUGGAGGUGCGUAGCCAAUACCAGUUGAACUAAAAGUGCCCUGACCCAAAAGAAGUUAAUACAAAAUAGUUUUAAGUGUGUAUUUGUAAAUAAACAUAAAAUUAA